AUGUCUAGCGUCCGCCCGCCCUACCCAUCCUUCACCCUCGUCAUGUCCAGCAACAUGAGCACCAUGAGCAAUCCGGCGGACACGUCACGUCUACCCGCGUACCGUGCCUCGCACCUCGGGCGAUUUCACCCAUACCCUCGUGCACACCCUUCCUACCACGAGAACUAUAUGUCGUUUCCUUCAUCCGCGUUUGUGUGCGAUGCGCAGACGACUGUCGACUAUCGGUACGGCGAUCCGCCGAUUUUCCAGCCCCAGCCGCGCUCCAGCUUCGCUCUGCCGGCGAUCAUCAUCGAGGAUUGUGACAUCAAAAUAGAUUCGGAUUCGGGCGACACAGACACAGCCGUCGACCGCCGCAACAGGCUCAAUCUGAAAACCUUCAGCCAUUAUGUCCUCGCAUUCGCUGUGGCCGUGCAGCGUAAAUGCCGCCGCACGGCUGUCGUGAAGAAGAUGGGAGACGAACCCCGGCUUGAUCUCCUCGACUGA